AUGUUUCAAUCAGCAUCCUCAUCCUCUCCAGCACUAGGUCCUCCCACAGUCAACAUCAACAGACGACUGUCAGGAGUCACAGCCCCAACUUCACCAGAAUUGGAAGGUACUUCGACCGAUGCUUCACUCAUGAUUGAAAGUGUCAACAAGAUGGCACAACAAGUCUCUGAUACACUAUUAGUGAGAUUAAUAGGAGCUUCUGAUUUGGUUCCGAUGGAUAAGAAUGGACUUUCUGAUCCCUACACCAUUCUGAGUUUUGCCAACAUGAACAACAACUCUCUCGAAUCAUGGCUCACCGUCAAAACUUCAAUCAAGAAAAAAACUCUCAAUCCCAAUUGGAAUGAAACCUUUCAAAUUUCACUCACAGAACAAUGGAUGAAAAGCAUUCCGAGUCCAAAUACUAAAUCUCCGACCUCUCCACCGAGUAUGAUGCCAAUGAUGGCAGGUACUAAUUUUGAUUCUUCUAGUAAUUUAUUUUCAACAUCGUAUUUGAGUUUUAAAGUGAUGGAUUGGGACAAGUUCAGUAGUGACGAUGAAGAAGGAGAUUUUGUAUUGAAAUUGAAUUCAAUUCCUGAUUUUUCAGAUGCUUCAGUGAGUAUGACAUUGAAUCAUGCUGAACAUGGAGUGUUAAAUGUUGGAUUUAAAUUGAAAUGUACUCCACGUCCAUCGUUGAAUGAAAUUUUGCUAGUGAAACCUGUGAAACGAGCAGAUUUUGUGAGAUCGACUCGAAAUUCUUGGUUGACAGGAACGGUGAUUUAUCCAUUAAGUCCAUGGGAAUUGGUUCCUGAAAUGCAUCGAGUUUGGGAAAAGGCUCAGGAAGAUUUAAUUGACAUGCUCGAUUCUCACAAUAAUGUCACAGAUAGUGACAAUGGUAGUAAUAAUAACAAUAGUAGCGGAAGAAUGUCCAGAAGAUUCUCGUUGAGAAGAAACUCAAAGAAUUUAACUCAAAAAUUGUCAACUGUGUUAGCAGGAGAGAAUUUUCCAAAAUGGAAAGAAGAACGUUCGAAUAGUUCCGCAACGGUGACACUUUCGACCGAUGCAGAAUAUUAUUUUUUGGGAAAUCCAUCCAUUGUCGAUCGAGUUUUUGUUCAAUUAUUGGUUGGUUGUCACGAAAAUCAAAUUUUCCAAGACAUUUUAAAUGGAUUAGAAAGAGAGUUGAAAAUUACCAAUGUCAAAUACAACGAUGAAGGCAUGCAACAAGUUCGAUCCAACAUUCGACGAGAAGAAACAAAUUCUCGAAAGAAUUUUCUAGUCAUGUCCAUCGUUGCAGAUCUUGACAUUAGAGAUUCCAUUGCAAAACUUGAUGGAAAAAUACCAAAAUCUCUACAACCUCAAUAUCCUCCAAAAGUGAAUGUUGAAGGUUUAAUUUAUGUGCUCGAUAUUGGAUGUCAUGCAAAAUUACUCUAUGUUUACAUUUCAAAUUGUGGAAAGCCAAACAUUGUGCCAUUUAUAGAACUUGUUGGAAAUUCAAUUCCUUCCUCAUCGAGUACCUUAUUCGAAUCUCUGUAUUUAGAUUUGGAUGAUUCCUUGUGGGUGAAAUGUCCUUUCGGUUGGGAACAUCAUGAAUCUGGAGAGAAAACAAAUUCCUAUCUCAUUUCUCCAAUUCAAAAACGAGCAUUCGAAGAAGGAAAAUCAUUUUGCAUUGAUCGAUUCGCCAUGAAGAAAUUGGACAUUCUCGUUCCCGAAGUCACUGAACAUAUGUUGUCCAACAUGUGUCAAGCCAAGUUAGAUUCUGUCAUGAAUUCACACAACAAGUGUGAAAUUAAGAAACCUGUUGAGAGACGAGUAUUUAUCAAUUCGAGUAAGAAGGAAAUUGUCACGUUCAUGUUUGAGUUAGAAUAUGAUUUGAAAGAUGAUUCUACAGCUACUGUGAAUCGAGUGACACAUUUGGAAACUUUGAUCAAUACGACUGGAAGUUGUGUGUGGUCCUUGUCCUAUCUGUCGAAUUUAGAGUCGGGAUAUCGUGCACUUUUUGAAACGAUUAUUUCCGAAAUUAAGACUGCAGAAUAUUAA